CCACUGUACUGACUACAACCUGCCUCAGACGACGCCCCACAGCCCGUGAGAUUUGCGCACCAGAGCGCCGCCGCAGCCACCGUGCGUAUUUUCCUCGCGCCAGAAGGGAAACCAUCCUCGUUUUGUUCUCCUCCUCGUUCCUGCCGGGCUGUGAGCACAGGCUGCCCCGCGGCAUCACCUCAGCAUUACCAGCCAGGCUGCCUCUCAGAGGAGGAGGAAGAAGCAGCAGCAGCAGUAGAGGAGGAGGAGGAGGAGGAAGAGGAGGAGGAGGAGGAGGAGGAGGAAGGGGUGGCAGAGUAUUCCGAAUUGACGCUCAGAAAUAAACAAGACGACAGACAGCCUGGUUUUGGGAGACGUCCGCGGCGGGGAAGCGAAUCUGCAUGAUGGCUGAGGUGUCCCAAGAGGAGAGACUCCAGGCCAUCUCUGAGAAAAGGAAGAAGCAGAUGGAGAUCGAAAACAAGAGGAGGCAGCUGGAUGAUGACCGAAGGCAACUCCAGCAUCUCAAGUCGAAGGCACUGAGGGAGCGCUGGUUGUUAGACGGAGCUCCGGCGGAGGACGAGACUCUGAAGCGUCUGCACGAGGACGAGGUGAAGACCAAACUUCUGGAGCAGGUCAUCCUCAGGCUGGAGCAAGACAUUGAAGAACUGGAGAAUGACGAGCCAGAAAACCAGGGUGUGGCCAAAGAAAAUGGAGGUGAAAAUGGAGUAGUGCAGACCUCCGGUAACACCCCCAAGAGAGAGGUGACAGGGUUAGAGGCCAAGCUGCUGGGCCCCAGUCCUGACCAGGCCAGUGAAGACAACCCCGUCACCCUGGUGUUCAUGGGCUACAAGACCGUGGAAGAGGAGCAGGAGAGCCACACGGCCCUGGGAAUGGAGGGGGUGGACGGCAACGUGAAGGCCGAGUUUGUUGUGAUCGAAGAUGGGGAGGGGAAAGCAGGCGGAGAGGCAGCCGCCGACGAGCAGGCUCCGCCCAACGGCAGCAUGGCAGAGAAGGAGAAGGCCAACGGAGGCGGGGAGGAGGAGGAGAAGGAGAAGGAGAAGGAGAAGGAGAAGAAACAGACCUGCAAAUGUUGCACGGUCAUGUGAGAUGUGUGCGUGUAAAUGUGUGUGAGUGUGUGUGGAUGGGGACACACCUGCAUCUGUGUGAGUGUGUGUGUGUGGAUGGGGACACACUUGUACAUCUGUGCAGGCAUGUGUCUGUAUUUGAAGUGUGUGUGUGUGUGUGUGUGUGUGUGUGUGUGUGUGUGUGUGUGUGUGUGUGUGUGUGUGUGUGUGUGUGUGUGUGUGGACUGGGGGGAAAUAACAGAAAGCGAAGUACACAGCCAAUUUACCAACAAUGAGAGCCAAUACAAGCUCCAGCUACAACAAGAACCACAAAGACUCAUACGUACACUUUACUCUGUAUACUUUCUCUGAUAUGUAUUUGACUUUUGAUUUCUAUUGAUAUUUUUCUAUUUUUCUGUCUUGACAUUUAUAUUGUAUUCAGUAUGUAUAUCUUUAUUAUGGGACUGUGUACUGUAAGUUCAUUGUUAUUAUUGUUGGGAAAAAUAACUGUAUUAGCUCUCUGGAUUGUACUGCGAACCCACUGGGGGGGGGGGUCUGGAAACUUUAAACCAUUUAACAGCAAACUAUGAAGGACACAGAUACUUAAAUAUAUAUAUAAAUAUGUAUUUCUCUGUGUAGGCCUACCAACUAUUUAUCAGUCAAUUUCAUAUUACAAUAUUGUCUAAGAUAUUAUUUUAAAUAGUAUUUUAAUAUAUUGAUAUGAAAUUAUGUUUUAUACAAUGUAUUUAUUGUUUUUGGUUCUCUAUACCAUCCCCAACCAUUAACUGCAUGUAAAGCUUGUAAGCACUUCCAGAUUAGCGUAACAAUCAUCACAAGUGUCCGUGCUUUCUUAGACUCAUAUGUGCUCAUAUCUAAAGUCACACAAGUGUUUCUAUCGGUAACAGUGAGUAUAAUUUGCGGUGUUAGAGAUAUGCAUUGACUUUUAAUAGGAAACUACAGUGCGGAGACGAGAGGCAAACUACAACACUGACCACGUUGCAAACUGCAUAGACGCUGUACGUGACACGUGUACAUGAGGAUCACAGCUUUUGUCUUUUUCUUUUUUCGAAUAAGAUGGACACACGUAACAAGCCGUUGCACAGCGACUAGAAAUGCUUUAAGGAUUUUUGCUCUCUCAGCCGUAGAAUCAAUGUAAAUCUUAUGAGGUAGCACUGCAUGAAGCCUUGCAACAUUUUUGACUGUCUUGUCACUUUUGUUCGGUCUUUUUAUUCUGUGCUGUCACGUUCACAUGAAUGUAAAUUCCAGGGGUUAAAUUGGGAUUCGUUCUACCGUCAUAACAAGAAGAGACGAGCUCGCUCGGCGUUAAAAAAAAACUAAAGAAAAAAAGAAGAAGAAGGUUUUUGUCUCUUUAUGAACCAAAUAAAAUCUGAUGAUUCUGUAAUUUCCCUGUGUGGUGUUGCUCGGCUGCUGGUUUCUGUCCUCCUCCGCUCCCAGUUUAACCCCUGAUGCUUACUCUGCAGACCUGCCCCCUCGUUAGUACGUGAAUAGAUUUUCUGAUAGUAAAAGACAUUCGAGACAUUUGAAUAGACUUUUAAAUAUUCAUCUCUUUUGACCUUAAGCCUUUUCAGCCCUUUGAGCACAAUAUGAAGAAUAGUUGUGCCCAGGUAACGAAGAUUGUUAGUCAUCGCUGCAUUGGAAAUAGGUUGUAUUCUGUAAGACAAACCAUUUUAAACUAUUCAGGCUGCUAGAAAGACAAUUUGUGCAUUUACACCAUAUCAAUUUAAAGCCUUGAAAGACUAUUAGCAGCAUUUCUGUCCCUUAUCUCUCUCUCAGUAGAGGUCAUGCAUGCUCUGGGUCAGUGAGGCAAAGCCAACGAUGCUUCUGCUCCCCUCAGGCUCAUCCUUAUCUCUGACUCAUCAUCUCACCGUCACCGUUACCUCAUCAUCAUCAUCAUCAUCACCACCCUCACCCAGCCCCACCUUCCACGCUCUGAGACACACAGUUCAUAAACCUCUGAAGUUGGUGCUAAUCCUGAGUCUCGCCUUUUAACACUCGCCAUCCACCAACUAUCGUCCUGCUCGUCCCCGCUGUCUUGCUGGUGAAGAGGGUUUGUGGGAAUCUACUGCCUCCUGCUUUGACUCGCUGAAGAGUCUUUUUGCAACCUUCAGUGCCCGAUGCAUUUACUCAAAUCCUGCCUCUAUUUACCACCAGAGAAAUGAUCCCUUCUAACAUUCCUAAAGGAGGUCGACAGGCGUGGAUGGAUGAAAGAUAGUCUAUGCUUUCCAUACGUACAGUUCCACUUUAAUUGUACAACUUGGAGCUUUGUUUCCGUAAAUUGACUCUCAUGUUUCUUUUUCUUUUUUUUCAUUCCUAUGGCCUCUUUGCAAGGCAGUAUAUUGUAUUUGAUGUGUGUAUUUUUAAAAGAGAAAAAAAUAACAUGUGUAUUGUUGGUGCCUUUGUCAGAUUCAGUUGGUUGGACGUGUCUGUCUGCCGCCAUUUUUUUAAACCGGGCUUUUUCUUGCUCUGCUCAGUGUCACGAUGAUCCACUGGAAACACUGCCUUCGACUCCAGAGGGUCAAAUAAACAAGUGUAGUAGAUAAUUAAACUAAUAAAUAUACAUAAGUGCAGCUUGGAUGGUAGGUAAUAUGCAGACUGUUGGUGUCUUGAAAGAAAACUUUGUAUCCUUGUAUGUAUUCCUUAUUUUUUAUUUUACAGUUAUCUUUUAUUAUAUCAAAAGUCAACCUACAUGCAACAUGUUUUUUCAACAUUUCGGGGGAGGAUACAAACUUCAUGCAGGAGACCAACUGUCAGUCUAUGUAUAUACAGAAUAUACACAUGUAUAUCUAUGUGUAUAGCUACAGGACAAAAAAAUAUAAACAUGUAAAGUUGUUUAGCUAAAGCUUUGCCUAAUAGUGGGUCUCUGGGACAGCAGCAGAAAAAGCAACCAAUGCCUGUUCAUCUAUUCUGUGGUCGUCUAAAUGUUUAAUCUUGAAUAAAACUACUGUUUGUUUACAGCAAGUCAGA